AUGUUCCUCACUCGCAGCGAAUACGAUCGUGGAGUCAACACCUUCUCCCCGGAAGGACGUCUUUUCCAAGUUGAAUACGCCAUCGAGGCCGUCAAGGUUUUUCAAAACGCUGCUCACUUGAAACUGCGAACAUUUAUUUUAGUUGGGUUCGACGAGUAUCGGAAUCAAGACCAGCGAAGGAGUUCUUCUGGCGGCCGAGAAGCGAUCGACGUCGAAGCUGAUGGUGAAUGACGCGAUCGAGAAGAUCAGCAAGGUGAGCAAUAAAUGUCGCAUGGAUGUGGAGAAUCCGUUUUUCAGCUGUCACUUUCGCCGGAUUGAUUGCCGAUUCGCGCACUCUCGUCGAGCGAGAUCAGGUCGAGGCUCAGAACUUCUGGUUCUGCUAAAAUCGCAAAAUCCGUGUCGAGGACGUCACCCAAUCGGUUGCCAAUCUGGCUCUUCAGUUCGGAGACGAUGACGUCAAGGUCAGUGAAAUACCGAUCAAUAUUUGCAAUAAUAACAGUUCAGGCGUCGAUGUCCGCCCGUUCGGAGUGGCCCGAAGCUCUUCCAUCUUGA